UUCUGAACAUCGACACCGUCCUUUGUAAACUAAGAUAAACCUGAACGAAAAUCUCGGACGAAAACACAGGCGCCAAAACACGACGCCAUCUUACAAAAGCACAUGGUCCUUCCAUCCGCGCAAGGGAUGAUGGGUGUGAAUGGCGAAAACCGCUGGCUCAAAACAGUACUGAAGGUUCAACAACUUUGAAUCGCAGCGAAUUAAUUACUGUCCGGAAAUACAGCAAGAUAAACAUAAAUGUUCCUGACACAGUGCAUGCUGGCCGAAAUAUAGCUUACUCCGACACUAGGAGGAAGCAGGGAACGGGCUGCGCAAACUUUGAUUUUGACCUACCUAGGCUUGAUUUCUAAGAGCUUGGACGAUACUUCCGAGUCCCAGGGACUCGAAACUAACUCGAAAAGACCUUGUCUUUCACUGCGCUCGGUCUGUACUCACGACCUUGGUCAAGAUUCUCCCAUACAGACCUCCUGCGCGGUUAAUAAGAACUAAAUUUCACGUUACGUUACCGGUGUUUUUUAGUAGCCACUCAACGUCUUUUCUUUCGAAAAGUAAUUGGUUUUGCAUGAUCAACAACACAACACGAUUGCCUGAAAAAAUCGCACCACUUUCUCGUCCCAUCAGAAGUGACUCGUUCGCAAAUGUUUUCCCGCGCUUUGCGUCAGCGGCAUGUAAUUAUUUCGAGUUUUGAUUGGUUCACCUUAUUGCCUAUGUCCUUUGUGAUUAGCUAGAGAGAUAGUUUUGGUUUUAGUUCUACGACCUCUCUAUUGGAGGUCCAUAAAUCUGAAAUCUGAUUAGUUGUGUACUUGCUAGGCCCGCUGCCCUUGAAAGAGAAAGUCAAUAUUGCUUCAAAUUGAAGGUUAUGGACUGAAAUCAUUUAGAGUGUUUCCAAAUUGAAACAAUUGAACUAACUACUCGCCCAAAUACUCUUACUGAAAUAUAUUGGCUGUAGAAAUAACUUCUUUUGUUCAACGUUUGGCAAAAUGACGUUGAACAAUUUAUGUGAAUGUUUUCAAAUAGUUAAUAUCACUAUUGGCCCUCAGAGCUAGUUCAUAUUGCUCAGCUAAGGAUGACACAGCAUUUAUAGACAAGCGAGCGUGCGUACAUGGAUCACUCAACUGAAACAGUGCUAAUUAAUGAUUUCAGAAGCUGACAGAUUCAUAGAGCGAUGAAUGUGUUUUCUUCAGGAGUCAGUUUAACUCUCUGACUCUUCAACAAACAUGAAUCGGCUUGAUAUCAAGCUAAAAGAUCAUAAAGAUCCUAGUGAUGUAACUUUGGUGGUGAAAGAUGGAAAGGAGUUUCACGCUCAUAGAAGCGUCCUUUCGCAGGCGAGCAGCUUCUUUGAAAAGCUCCUCAACAGCGACAUGAAAGAGAAUAAUGAAGGAGUUAUUCGGCUGGAUAUGAUCUUUGAGUCUCAGAUGGCAGAUAUUCUGGAGUUUAUUUACACCGGCAGCGUUCAGAUAUCCACUCAAGAAAAUGCCGAAAACCUGUUUGAAUUAGCAGAUUAUCUUCUCCUCCCAAACCUGAAAGCCUUCGCCCAAAAAUAUCUCGAGGAACACAUCACCACUGCGAAUUGUAUUUCAAUUUACUACCUGGCAGAAAAAUAUUUGUGUCAAGACCUGAUCGCUAACUGUCGGAAAUUUAUCCACUCAAACUUUUCGUCCGUCGCCGGAUCCGACGAUUUUCUAAACCUCUCAAGCCAUGAGGUUGAAAAAUGGAUUUCCAGCGAUGAGAUUGUCAUUGACGCUGAAGAAAAGGUUUUUGAACUGGUACUACGAUGGAUUGAUCAUGACAAAAGCCAACGGCGCGUAAAAUUUCGUGACUUGUUUCGUCACGUUCGACUGACGUAUGUAUCGCGUGACUUUAUGGCGAGCAAUGUCGUGACAAAUGAUCUUGUGAAAGAAGAUGGAGAGUUCCUGGAAAGUGUUUAUCUUGUGGCACUAGGGCUUGAUCGAUCAACAGAUUGCGACGUUCCGCGGCCACACCCUCCCAGGAGGGCUCUGGAGAGAGAUGUUAUCGUAGUCACGGACUGUGGACCCAGAGGUGUUGGCCUUAAUUUCCACACCCACUUUUAUAUUCCUUCAACGGAGCAGUGGUACCACUUGCCCCCGAACUUAUGCGAACCAACACGCGUAUUCCCGCAUCGAGGCAAAGUAUUUGUUGUUACUGAACAUUUCGCCAGAUCACAAUGUUAUGACCCAAAUUUUGACCGCUGGUAUCCAGCACCGUGGACAAAAGUGGAUUCGAAACUAGCAAUUAUGAAAUUACAGCGCACAUAUUUGGAAAUUCAUGAUGUAUUGGUUAUCAAAGACGAGAUCUGUUUUAUUGUAGGAGAGACCCCUGAGUCCUCGCCUGCCCUUUGGAAAUACAACGUUGAUAUGAAUUCAAUGACUCCUUUGUUUCACUGGGUAGAAAAAAAAGGUUUUUGUGCUGUAGUUGUUGACAAGUCGAUAUAUGCUAUCGGGGGUAGGCCGCUCAGAGAUAGUCAUCCCGAUAGUACU